AUGGCGAACACCUCGGACGCCGUCCUGCGCGCCGCCCGCGUGCUCGUGUUCUUGGUGCUGAACUACGCGCUGGCCAGCACGGGCUUCGUGGUGAUCGUCUUCGGCGUGGCCUUCUCGCUCGGGUCGCUGGCGCUCUGCUGCCUGGGCGUCGUCAUGUUCCAAGGGCUGCUGUACCUCGCGCCGCUGCUCGCGCGGCUCGACGUGGCGCUGCACAACUUCGUGGAGCCCGCAGAGAACAAGCUCUACGGCCAGAUCCCGCACUACGGCGAGGGCGGCGCGUACCUGGCGCGGCCGUCGCUCGCCGUGCUGCUCUACUUCAGCACGGCCAAGCUGGGCGUCGGUGUGCUCAGCGCCAUGGUGGUGGUGAUCCCGUUCUCCAUGCCCAUUCACGCGCUCACGUCGCCUCUGUUCCGGGAGCAGUACUUCAGCGAAGGCUGGUUCAACCUCUCGGCCUUCAUGACGGUGGCUACUGCGCUGCUGGUGAGCGGCUUCGUCGCUGUGCCGCAGGUGGCCAGACUCUCUUGCGUCACCACGCGCCUGCUCUGUCGGGAGGUCUUCUCGUCCAUCUACACGCGCGACUUCGUGCCGACGGCGCCGCAGGAGCCGCUGGACUCGGCGCUGCCGUCGUACGGCACGCAGCAAGUGUGA